GGAGAGCUGGAAAUGAAUUGAGAUGAUGGGGGGAUUAAUCAAGUCAUCAAAUGAACUUCUCCCCCACACCAUUCACACAUGAAAGACAACAAGGACAUCUCACUCACCCACCCUCCUAUUAUUUCGGCCCUAGCACCAAUUAGGGAGGAAAGGAGUCUCAAAAACAUCAUCUCCACCAGCUCUACUCGAGCUAAGAACAAGGGGAAAGAAGGAAGCAAGAAGAGAGGAGGCUGCCAACCAGUUCGUACAAUUUCAACCCUCGAGAUUGUUCACUUCAUAUCUCACGCAUCUCUUAUCCAAUGAGCUCGAGUAAGGUGUCAUUAGAUAGGUCUUGAAGAGAGCUUUCAUACGAGGUGCUGCACUUAAGGAUACGAGGUGUUUACAGCUCAAAAAGGGCAGAUAAACACACGAGGUCUUUUACCAAGAUAUUCUAGACUUCUCGAGGAAUCUAGGAGUGGCCGGAAAAGUCGCCGGAGCCGCCGGAGUUUUCGCCGGAAAAUUCAAAAGUCGCCGGAGUUCGAACAAAGAAGAUAAAAGCUUGCUAGCGUCAUUUCAAGGUUGAAGCUAGAGCUUACUUCCUGCACCCGUUGCUCGGGAGAUCGAUGGAGAGAAGACGUGGUUCGUGCUUCCUCUCGUUCUAUUUUUAAAUAAUUAAAUAAUGCUCAUGGAACUAUUUUGACUUAUAAAUUAAUGGAGCCUGCGAGCUCUUGUUUUACCCUUGUGUGGGUUCUUAUUAAACACUCAUAUUCCGCUACGUGUUUGAUUGUAUGUUGAUGUUGUUAUGUAUGUUUACUAAUCGGUUUUGGCAUAUGUAUCUAUCGGACGUCUUGUGCAAUUCGGUAAGGAUGAACUGCGGUUAUUCUUAUUGGGUUGUACGACGGUUGUCCACGUGGCACAGACGCGGUCUGGGCGUGACAUACUAUAUUCUCAAAACUGGAUUUAAGGAGUGGUUAUCAUCAGUUGAGAAUGCAUAAGGAUGAUGUUCAUAAAACAGCUUUCAAAACUCACGAGGGUCAUUAUGAGUUUGUUGCUAUGCCUUUUGGACUAACUAAUGCUCCAUCAUCUUUCCAAGGCCUUAUGACUCAUAUUUUCAAACCAUUCUUCAGGAAGUUUGUCUUGGUAUUUUUUGAUGACAUACUCAAAUAUAGCAGAACCUUAGAAGAUCAUAUGCAGCAUUUGGAGACAGUUUUUCAGGUUCUCAAGGAUAAUACAUUUUUCUUCAAGAAAAGUAAAUGUGAUCUAACGAUUACCAAGGUUGAGUAUCUGGAUCAUUUUAUUUCUGCCGAUGGAGUAAGCACAUAUCCACAUAAAGUUGAAGUUGUUAAUAACUGACCUAUUCCCAAAAAACUAGAGCAUCUAAGAGGGUUUUUAGGUCUUUCUGGCUAUUACAGAAGGUUUAUUAAGGGCUAUGGUCAAGUGGAAAAACCCUUAACAGAUCUUUUAAGGAAGGAGAGGUUUGUUUGGAAUGAAGAAGAAACAAUAACAUUUGAACAUUUGAAGAAGCUAUUAUGUAAUGCACCAGUAUUAGCUCUUCCAGAUUUGACAAAACAUUUGUCAUUGAGAUAGGUGCUUCUAGCUAUGGUAUGUGAGCAGUGCUUGUGCAGGAAGAACAUCCUAUUGCAUUUCUCAGCAAAGGAUUUGGUCCUAAAAAUCAAGCCAAGUCAGCAAACGAGAGAGAACUAAUGGCAGCGGUAUUUGCAAUUCAGAAAUGGAGUCCAUAUCUUCUCAAUAAGCAUUUCAUCAUUAAGACUGAUCAAAAGAGUCUUAAUUACCUAUUAGAACAAAGUAUCAUUAAUCCUUGUCAACAAGAUUGGAUGUUUGCUGAAGAAUUUAUCAAAAAAUAUCCAUUGUUUCAGCUUUGAGGACAAAGCUGUUUAAGCAGGGGAGUCCUGAUGCAUUGCAUACCAAAUUAGUUAACAAAAUAAGCGAACUCAGCAAAACUAAUAUUCUGUUAAGCUUGUUAGUUACACUAGAUUUUCACCCGUGCUUCGCACGGGAUGCAGUUAGUAAGUAAUAAAUAAUUUGAGAAUAUAACGAAAUGUUGUGAAAAAUAUAGAUCAAUGUAUAUAUUGUUUCUAUCAAAUAUAAAUGAAGAUAAAAAAAU